GGGAAAGUACUACGAUUGAGCGGUUAUAAAUAGAUAACGACUUAUUGUUGCUUAAAAAUUCAAAUUUCCAGUCAACUAAACAUGUCUGAAAUGUUUGUCUAUAAAAUACAUAAAAGCGAAAGUGGAGUGAAAGAAGACGAGUUAUCCUGUAAAGAAACUGCAGUACUUUGCGAAGAUGGAAAUGCAAAAUUUUUUUCAUCACCAAAUGUUAAGAAUACACGUCGAUUCAAACUUUCAAGAUCAAUGUCGGUGCUGCUUUUGCUGUUCUUAUCUUUUCUCGCUGUCAUGGUGAUGACUUCAUUUGCGUAUUUUCAUGUGAAGAAUGAUUUGGACACUACGAAGCAAAGUGUGUACGAACUGCAGGUCGAAGUGGAAAACGAAAAACACAAGACAAUCAAUCCCACCUCAAAACCAAGUAAAUCGAAUCCGAAAUAUUUUUUAAAAGUGGCGAAUUCUGUUGGAAAGACUCCUUUUAUUGCCAUUAAUUUUGUUGGUGGAAACAAUCAGCUCGAAGAAACUGUCUCAGGCCACCCAAUCAGAAAUUGGGAAACAACUUUAAGUCGUGGUGAUAUCUCAAAAUUUCAUGAAUACAUCCAAAUAAAAGUAACAGGCUACUACUUCAUAUAUGCUCAGAUGUUCUUCUCUGAUAACGCUUCAUUCAGAAAAAACACUUUACACUUUUUAAUCCGCAAGAAUCGAAGGAAGAUUUUAGUUGUCGCCUCCGUGCCUCGCGACGCGUGUAAAACCGUGUGUACGCGGUACGUAUCGAGUGUCGUAAAAUUAAAGAAAGGAGAAGAUCUUUCGGUAGCAUCGUAUGACACUGGCAUCAAGUUCAACAUGUCAAAAGACAAAGCUCAAUUUGGCGCUUAUUUAUUAAAAAAAGCGCAAUAAAAUGGAAUACUGGUGCAACUUCGUUCCCAGGACUCUUGCUCUAGGUACGAGUGAAGUAAGCAUUUUACAUGUGCACGCGUUCCAUGCAAGCAUAAUUCAUUCACCAGUGAUUCAAGAGUGUCAAGUUCAAAACAUCGCCGCACUAAUAGUUAAUACAAAUUUUUCUACACGACGAAAUUACUCUUUAACUGAAAGAUUGAUCGAGUUCCAAUCGCAGACUUUUAGUAGGGAAUACUACACUGCAAAAAACGAAUUAACAAUAGCUAACACCAUAGAAAAAAGUUUUAUUCUUUCUUAAUUUUUUUUAAUAUUAAAAUAUUCCAUGUUUUAUACAUUUAAGGUUAGUAAGGGUUUAAAUAAAAAACACAAAUGAAUUUUUA